AUGGGCACAGGAAGAGAGAGGCAACGGGCACAGGAAGAGAGGCAAUGGGCACAGGAAGAGAGGCAAUGGGCACAGGAAGAGAGGCAACGGGCACAGGAAGAGAGGCAAUGGGCACAGGAAGAGAGGCGAUGGGGACAGGAAGAGAGGAGAUACAGGCAAUGGGCACAGGAAGAGAGGCGAUGGGCACAGGAAGAGAGGCAAUGGGCGCAGGAAGAGAGGCAAUGGGCGCAGGAAGAGAGGCAAUGGGCGCAGGACGAGAGGCAAUGGGCACAGGACAAGAGGUGA